CUUCAAAAAAUUUAGGACUCAUCGUCUGGAAGGAAUCGUUGGGAUGCUCUGGUGUCCAGGUCCCUCGCAGAGGGAGACGGGAGCCUCAGCAGACCCCAGGAAUCAGGCCACCGACCCCCAGUCCAGUGCGCUUCCCCUUUUCCCCACGUGCUUCUGCCUCCGUUUUUUCACUCUCGUUUCCAUUUCCCCGUUUCUGAGUUCUCAUUCUCGCAUGCCACACAGGCCACACCUAAAGCUGACCAUUCUUUGAGAGGUCGCCGCGGGCUCGAAUCACCUCAGCAAGAAUUCUGGACCUAGUGUGACAGCCUCACACGUGGAUUGGACCUUGCGCCAGCCCGUAAACCCAAUCCUUUCCCUUCCGGAUCUCAUUUUGAAGGGAUCCUUUGACUUUAGAGAGGGGAGCUUGUGACUAGAAGCUACCUUCCUCUAGGAACUGACUAUCCUUAAAAGCCUCUGUUCCAGAAGGACCCUGGCCACCAAGUCCCGGAGAGUGCCUCACGCACCCCUCUCUGCGAUCAGGAGCGGGGACAGCCGGAACUGCGCAAGCGCGACACCGCUGACCCCCCCCCCCCCCCCCCCGCGCUCGGGGUUCACUUCCGGGGGUCGCACAGCCCGGCUCUCCGGGAAGGGUUCUGAGCUCCGGUGUGUGCUCGGCGGCCACCUCCCUCCGAUUAGCCCGGUGGGAGCUACCCGAGCCGAGGCACGGCGGCCUGCUCCGGCCCGGCCAUGAGUGCGGCCGCAUGAUGCGUCCCUGCUUCGGCCCCUGCAGUCGCCGCCGCCGCCGUCGCCGCAGGCCAGGAGGAGCCGCAGCGCUGGGCGACCCCGCCCGGGCCUCGGAUCCUAUCACAUAGGACAGUAUGUACCUUCAGAUCCUGAAGAAAAGGCGCAAAAUGUUCAAGUAAUGUUUCAAAGUAAUUUGUGAGGGUGCAUCGGGAAACCAUGCCGUCAUCAGGACACCGUCUCCGUGAUGUCGAGCACCAUCCUCUCCUGACUGAGAACGACAGUUACGACUCCUCGUCCUCCUCUUCCUCCGAGGCUGACGUGGCAGACAGGGUCUGGUUCAUCCACGAUGGCUGCGGCAUGAUCUGCGCAGUCCUGACGUGGCUCCUGGUCGUCUACGCAGACUUCGUGGUGACGUUUGUCAUGCUGCUGCCUUCCAAAGACUUCUGGUACUCCGUGGUCAACGGGGUCAUCUUUAACUGCCUGGCAGUGCUGGCCCUGUCAUCACACCUGCGGACCAUGCUCACCGACCCUGGAGCAGUACCGAAAGGAAAUGCCACUAAAGAAUACAUGGAGAGUUUGCAGCUGAAGCCAGGAGAAGUGAUCUACAAGUGCCCCAAGUGCUGCUGUAUCAAGCCUGAGCGUGCCCACCACUGCAGUAUUUGCAAACGAUGUAUUCGGAAAAUGGAUCACCACUGCCCGUGGGUGAACAAUUGUGUGGGAGAAAAGAACCAGAGAUUCUUUGUGCUUUUCACUAUGUACAUAGCUCUGUCUUCAGUCCACGCUCUGAUUCUCUGCGGACUGCAGUUCGUCUCCUGCGUCCGAGGGCAGUGGACAGAGUGCAGCGAUUUUUCGCCUCCAAUCACUGUAAUCCUGUUGAUCUUCCUGUGCCUUGAGGGUCUCCUGUUUUUCACUUUCACUGCAGUUAUGUUUGGCACCCAGAUCCACUCAAUAUGCAAUGAUGAAACGGAGAUCGAGAGACUGAAGAGUGAGAAGCCGACCUGGGAGCGGAGGCUACGGUGGGAAGGGAUGAAGUCGGUCUUUGGGGGGCCCCCCUCCCUCCUCUGGAUGAAUCCCUUCGUUGGCUUCCGGUUUAGGCGACUACAGACGAGACCCAGAAAAGGAGGCCCAGAGUUCUCCGUUUGAGGCCCCUCCCGGCGCGCUGGAACUUGUCAGUGGACUUGCAAUUAUUUAUUCGGGGUCUGAAAGGGAAUCGACAGCCCAUCUGUGACCGAUGACCGGCAGGGCAGAUGGAACCCACACAGACCAGCUGCUUGCAGCAAGCAGCGUCUUACGUGCCGUGUUCACAGUCACGGAUGGCAGGUUCCCCACUCCGGUACCUGGGUGACGCUCUCGUCAGUUUUCACCUGGACAGCUAACGAAACGGAUGUGGCCACAUGAAGAAGCCAAAUGUCAUUAUCUGCCCGCACAGGUAGGGUUUUUGUUAAGCAAACUUUGCGUUUUCUAAGAAGUUCUGUGAUGUUACAUAGGUUAAUAAGAUCCUGUGUACUGAGCUGCUUUUUUCAAUCAUGAAGAGAAGAAGUCAAUCCAGUGAACAAGAACCCCCCAACGGGCGGUUUCAGGGAGCCCCUGUGGACCCUGUGAUCAGUAGUGCGCUCCCUGGACUGAGAAGGGGCGUUUACAUGAAGUACGUCUUGGUCUCCAUUAGUUCCGACACUUUGCACUGAAUUUGCAAAAGCUCUGUGCACCGAGCAGGAGGGCGGCUCCGGACCCACCCGCACUGCCUGGGAAGAGGCGUUCUGUGACUCUGCAGCGAGGCUGCGUGCGUGUCUUUGUCUGUGUGUGAGCGUGUGUGCGUGCAUGCACGUGUGUUUGAAGUUGACAGUGUCGUUCGGACCACGUAACCUGUCACGGCUGUGCGGCGAACGAGCUGUUUUUUAGAAACCGACGUUUCAGGGAAGCGGGGAGAGCUGCCCGGGACCCUCCUCCCGUGGGGUUCGCUUUGAAUGUAUUGCAAACUGGAGAAUAUCUUGAUCCAAAGAACCAUCAUUCCUGUGUGGUCCUUCGUUGCCCUCCUGUUUUCAUUUUACUUUAAAAAUCUCGAGUGCAUGAGGGCCUUGGAACUGACUUUUUUCGUCCAGCCAAAUUAGCAGUGUGUCAGCAGCCCCAAGAGCUAAGUCCCUGGCGGCCUUCACGUGGUGCCGCUCAGCGGUGCCAACAGGAGGGGCAGGCACGGCCCAGUGAGACACAGGAGAGGCCGGUGUCGGUCUCUGGGCAUUGCUGAGGAGGGGAGAGGACCUCGAGGCUACGUGCCCUGGACUCCACCUCCCUUGCAAAGAAUAUUCAGGAUGGCAACGGCUUGUUUUUCUUUUCUUUUUUUUAAAUCAUUUUUGUUUAGUUUUUCUACCCAUGUCACCAGUGAUCAAAUAGGACGGACCCUUGGUGCAGAGCUUAAAAUUAUGCCAGAAAGCAAAUAGCUCCCCUCCUUGGGGACUCGCCUUAAACUCGCCUGGUCGGUACGUGUUGGCGGGACCCCCGAGGAAGCCACCUGUGACGGCCCCAGGGUCUCCUCUACGCCUGCCCCCACCCACGCGGAGAAGAGCUGGUGUCUCCCUCCCAGUCUCCACACCUCUCUGUUCAUCUGUGAGCCAUUUUUGUUUCCGUUUUAGUUAGCCCGUACCCUCCCCUAAUCAGGGUUUCUACCACUGCUGAUGCAAAGCCACGAAGGGACCUACUCGAGACACACUCACAGCCAAGUGAACAAAGCUGUAGGACACUUUAGAAACGGACCAAGUCACUGCAGAGACGUGUGAGCUGUCGUGCGGGCCGUGCCCCAGCCAGAGGGCGACGCAGACACUCACCAUGGUGACGCAGGAGGCGGGUCUGCGGAGGUGGUUCUGCGUGUUCAUUUGCACAUCUGCUGUCUGGUCGGACAUGUGGACUGGGCUUCCGUGUGAGCCUCUUAAUAGGUAUAUCCUGUUCAUCAGUUAGAAAAAUUAUCCAAGUGGUUGAAUCCUGUGAGACUUGGCAAGUAUGUGCAAAUCAAGUAUACUUGACUUUUCAACCUCCUCUUUCAAUGUAACUUUUAUAUAAAAUAAAGUCACCCAUUGAUGGUUCUCAGUUCUUGGUGCGUUGUCCAUGGGUUUCAGCCGCUGGCCUCUCCGUGGUGCACUGGCACCAGUGCCGCGUGUGACUGUCACACGCUGGUGUGUGACUGCCCACAGCCGGUGCCUGUGGCAAGUGACAGGCAUUCUGACACUGCUCAUGCGGACUCUGCCCCAUCUAAAUUUAAUAUUUCCUCUUAAAUUAACACAUGUCAUUUUACUUAGCUUUAUCCUAAACGUUCCUGUAUUUUUUUAGUGCUCUUUGAAAUAA